AAUAAACUGGAAAGACGCCUGGUCUGCCUUCAGUUACGGGGAGCACCACCAGGGAGCAUCUCGGGAGCCUGGUUGGAAGCAGCGGGGCUGAGUCUGCCUGCUGGUCCCUCUGCUGCCCCGUGGGGAGGGCCUUGCCUUCACAUCCCUUGCAUUUGACUGCAAAGAAAGCUGCGUGGAGGAAGGGGUUGCACUGUUUGGCCCGGCAGAAACUCCGCUGAGCAGAACUCGCCGCCAGAAUGCUCGUCCUGUUACUGAGUAUCAUUGUCCUCCACGUCGCUGUGCUGGUGCUGCUGUUCGUGGCCACGAUCGUCAGCCAAUGGAUCGUGGGCAAUGGACAUGCGACCGACCUCUGGCAGAACUGUAGCACUACCCCAGGCAACAUCCAGCACUGUUUCUCAUCAUCAGCAAACGAAUGGCUGCAGUCUGUCCAGGCCACCAUGAUCCUGUCCAUCAUCUUCAGCGUUCUGUCCCUGUUCCUGUUCUUCUGCCAGCUCUUCACCCUCACCAAGGGGGGCCGGUUUUACAUCACUGGAAUCUUCCAGAUCCUUGCGGGUCUGUGUGUGAUGAGCGCAACGUCCAUCUACACGGUGAGGCACUCAGAAUGGCAUCUCGACUCUGCGUACUCUUAUGGCUUCGCCUACAUCCUGGCCUGGGUGGCCUUCCCCCUGGCCCUGCUCAGCGGCGUCAUCUAUGUGAUCUUGCGGAAACGCGAAUGAGGCGCCCAGACAGUCCGUCUGAGGCUCUGAGCAUCACAGGGAAGGGAGGAAGGAAACCAGAAAACAGAAAAAAAAAAAAAAAAGAGCUAGUCAAAAAACCCAAACUCAAACCAAACCAAACCGAAAGCAGUUGACGGGGGGGUUAGUGUUGAUUGAAGAUGUAUAUAAUAUCUAUGGUUUAUAAAACCUAUUUAUAACACUUUUUACAUAUAUGUACAUAGUAUUGUUUGCUUUAUGUGUUGACCAUCAGCCUUGUGUUGAACCUUAAAGAAGUAGCUAAGGAACUUUACAUCCUAACGCAUAAUCAAGCUCAGUAUUUUUGUUUUGUUUCUCGUUUUUUUGGUUUUGCCCAGAAAUAAAAUAACUCCAUCUUGCCCCUUCCCUUUCAUCUGAAAGGAGAUACCUCCCUGCCCCUCCACCUCAUGUAGAAAACCCAAGUAUGGGUAGAGACCCAGAAUGGCCCAAAGCCUCUUCCCGUGGGUGACCCAGAGCAUCACACAGAGAGCCACUGCCCUCAUCUCCAUGUGAAGCCUCACCCAUGCUCGGACAGAACCCCCAAACUGGAGCCCUUGGCAAAAACAGGACUGUGGCUUUGGAAUACUUGCCCUCGAGGGUGGGUGUCCUGGUCACACGUCUAGAUGAGAAAUCGGUGACAACAAACCUAUGAAAUGGUGCUAUGUAUCUACCAUUCCUUAUUAUCACUAAUCAUCUAAAUGACUCACUGGAAAUUCAGUUAACAAUUUUACAACAUAAAGUAGAAUGGAGACCUGAAUAAUUCUGUGUAAUAUAAAUGGUUUAUAACCGCUUUUGUACUUAGCUAGGCUGCUAUUAUUACUGUAAUAAAUAAAUAAUAAACACAGCCGUUAUCACCCCCACAUUUUUCUUAACGGUCGGAGCAUCAGGACAAGCCUCUAGACCUCCGGGACUGAGUUCCCAGGGCUCAGCUGGUCUAGACUGUUCUUUGCCUCCAAGGACUGUCUGGCAAUGACUCGUACUGGCCACCAACUGUAGAUGUAUAUAUGGUGCCCUUCUGAUGCUAAGACUCCAGACCUUAUUUGUUUUUGCUUUGCUUUUUCUGAUUUUAUACCAACCGUGUGGACUAAGUUGCAUUAAAAUAAACAUCAGAGUAACUCA